AUAGCGAUGAACAGGAUGAAAAGAAAGACUCCAAAAGUGUUUCUGAAAGCAAAAAGACAUACCUUGAAAACUCGRAAAUCGAGGAACUGAGUAUUUCUACAGUUUCUGUGGUUGAGUCAUCGAAGGCAGAUCAACAAGCYAWUGUUUCUAAGUCGUCCAUUGACCAACCAAARGAGCCUCCUACCGCUCCUCCCCCUGUAAAGRCURGGGUGGAAGAUUCUGUUCAGCCUCUACCUCCACCYCCUGUCCUUUUAGACAACUCUUUAAGCCCCCCUAGCAGUAUCGAAGUUUCAUUGGUUGAUGAAGUGGUGAGCAAASCCAGCAGUAGUGCUGUUAAUAAUCAAGGACUACCRAGCAGUAUGGCCCAGAAGGAAUCUAUUUUUAUGCGCCUUACCAACAGAAUAAAGGCCCUUGAACAAAACCUUACCCUCAGCACAUUGUACAUGGAAAGACUCAAUCAAAAAUAUCGCAGAAUUGUAGAAGAUAUGCAGAAAAACUUUGAUAAAAGAAUAAACCUUCUGACAAAUGCAACGAUAAAAGCAGAAAAUAUGAUUAAAAGUCAAAAAGAGCAGAUCUCUCAGCUGCAAGCCGCACGCGAGCAGCUACAUCGUAGUUUUUCAACCCCAGUGGUACCAGAGAAUUUGGGGGCAGUCAACGACAACCUAAUGAACCAACAAAAGGAUGAUAACUAUCAAACGUUCGAUGUCAAAAAGAAGCGAAGUCGUAAAAGACCCAAGAGUGCAAUCAUUGGUAACGAAACUAUCUCUUCAAGCAAGAGUGCUCCUGAAUUGACCAAUCAAGGAAGUGUCGUAAAUACAGCCGCUGGCCUUCUCUUCAGUCCUGCACGUGGGCUCCUAAAUGGCCUACCAGACAGUUGGCGGUUCACAAGAUCGAAUUCUCUWGACGACACUCAGAUAAACCGAAAACCAAAUAGUGGUUCAUUGGCCAGUGAYAGGCUUCAAAARGCCAAGAGCCUUGACGUAAUACACGAAAAUACYGAACGAGCAACUGCUCCRUCGAUAAACAAGAAGGGGCGAAUUCCGACCCCUCCACCACCCCCACCGCCUAAACCAUAUGGAAUGAACCAAAAACGGUUACCAGGACAACUACCGUCAWAUCUGGUUAACCGAAAAGGAAGAGGGCUACAUGGAAAUUAUCAUUGA